AUGGAUAUCGAAACCUUUAAGCAGCUCCUCCCAUUCCUUCCGAAGUUGAUCAAUUACGCAAAAACUUGUUAUAAAUGGUUGAAAGAUUCGGGAAUAAGCAAUGAAUCUAUUUCCUGGGGCGCGGCUUUUGUCUUAGCCGUCGGCUUAAUCCUUUUAUCUGUCUACUACGUCUUGAAAUCUUUCUUCGAAUUCGUUGAGCACCUCGCCGGAUAUUUCUUCGGAUUUUUUAAGGAUCUCUCUAAAUAUAAACGCGCCUUCCGAUUUUUGAAGCAUUUCUUAAAUAGCAUCCAACCUUCGGCAGUUAUAGCAUCUCUCAGCGUCCUCUUCAUUUUCCAUCGUAAAUUGGAUUCAGAUCUCGGACAAAAUCAGCGCUUAACAAAGCCGAUCCUGUCCUUCGGAUUCCCGUUCAAUGCUUCUACACUCGAAGACAUUUCCAACGAUUCGAUCCUGGGCACACAGGUUUUAUGGUAG